AUGUGUACCGCUCUCAACUCAGUGAGUCACCAUUUCGACUCUUUCUUUAUACCCCUCUCUCUCUCUCACGUUCUGUCUUUCUUUCUAUCAAAUUUUCUUAAUAUAUCUCUACUUCUCUAUCUCACAUUCUUGCUAUCUAUUUAUCUAUCUCAUUUUCUUAAUAUCUAUCUAUCUAUCUAUCUAUCUAUCUAUCUAUCUAUCUAUCUAUCUAUUUUAACAUAUAUAAAUUUAUCUACAUCACCUUCUUCUACCUCACUUUCCAUCUAUCUAUCUAUCUAUCUAUCUAUCUAUCUAUCUAUCUAUCUAUCUAUCUAUCUAUAUAUCUAUCUAUCUCUAUUCAGAUCUAUCUAUAUCUAUCUAUCUAUCUAUCUAUCUAUCUAUCAUGGUAUUAGCACGUAUGUAAUGGAUUCGACUGGAAUUCGAACUCGACUCCACCGUGCCUCUAUAUCUAUCUAUCUAUCUAUCUAUCUAUCUAUCUAUCUAUCUAUCUAUCUAUCUAUCUAUCUCAGUCUCCAGGCCUCCGUGUGGGAGACGGUACCCUCCCAAGCUCUUCAUUGCAUCCGGAGCAUGUCGUGUACAGCUACUAAUAAAACCCCACACUUGGUGGGGGAGAAUGUCGUGUUGACUACUAUUCUACUCCGACCGCUACCCCCGCUAACUGAUGCUACUCCUAACACAACGUAUAAAAGCGCUCGUUUAAUCAGAGAAGAGUUCCCUCAACAACCGACCAACGUUCUAUGUCGAAUAAAACUAAACGCUUUCUUAUUAUCUCGCAACACUACUUCUCCUUUAUGGUUUCUUUCACCUCUCUUUCUCCUGUAUAUUCUUUCUUUUUUUUUUAAUUGUCUUCCUUCUUUCUUUUACCACUUCUAUUUUCCUUUUUUCUUUAUUUCUUACGUUGUUAUUUCAAAGUUUUCUUUCUUUCUUUCACCUUACUUUGUCUUGUAUUCUUUCUUUCUUUCUUUUUUUUUUUUUCUUUCUUUUACUACAUCCCUUUUCCUUUUUUAUUCAUUUUACAGCGUUUUUUUACCUCUUUCUUUCUUUUUUCUUUCUUUCUUUCUUUAUUUAUUUUACUACAUCCCUUUUCUUUUUUUAUUCAUUUUACAGCGUUUUUUACCUCUUUCUUUCUUUCUUUCUUUAUUUAUUUUACUACAUCCCUUUUCCCUUUUUAUUCAUUUUACAGCGUUUUUGUACCUCUUUCUUUCUUUCUUUCUUUCUUUCUUUCUUUCUUUCUUUCAGUACACCUCUUUUCCGCUUUCUUUUUUAUUCAUUUUACUGCGUCUCUUUACCUCUUUCUUUCUUUCUUUCUUUCUUUCUUUCUUUCUUUCUUUUUCCUCUUUUCUUUUUUCUUUCAUCUCUUUUUCGCCUUUUCUUCUUUUGAUUCAUUUUAACGAGUCUCUUUACUGCUUUCUUUCUUUCUUUCUUUCUUUCUUUUACUACAUCUCCUUUCCUCUUUCUUCUUUUGAUUCAUUUUACCGCGUCUCUUUAUCUAUUUCUUUCUUUCUCUCUCUCUCUUUUACUACAUCUUUUUUCCUCUUCCGUUUUUUUAUUCAUUUUAUCGCGUAUCUUUCUUUCUUUCUUUCUUUCUUUUGCCACGUAUUUUUACCUGUUUCUUUCUUCACGCACCAACACGUUUCUGUCUUUCUGUUGUAUCUUUCUGUUGUGUCUCUUCUUUGA